AUGAUUCGGACUCCAAGAUGUUUGAGAAAAAGUGCAGCUAGAGCUCGAGGAAAAUCUCGCUCAGCUGGCUCUAAUAGAUUACCUAUUUUACCACGACCGGAUAUUACUCUCGCCCGGGUUAUUCCUACGGAGAUCUUUUACGGAAAUGAGAACAGCGGCAACCUAGAAAGCGCGGACGAGACGGCAUCGUUCAAUGCUCGAUCAACCUGCUCGAUAGAAGUGCCGAUUUUAAGGCUAAAAGAUGGAGUUGUCUUGCAAUUUGAAAAUAUUUUGGAAGAGUCGUCUCGUGGAUUUUCUUCGAGCAUUCCACAGAUGUCUCGAAAUGGCGGCCCUGUAUCUCUUUUGUCCCUAUCACCAAGCUCCACCCUCUCUGCUCGUCGACUCAGCACAAGCAUCGCCCUCCACUCUCCUCCCAACGACCAGAAGAAAAUCACUCUUUGGUCGAAAGUCGGCCCUCUCGUUCGACCAAUUCCUGGCAAGAUGAAGAGAGGCCUCGCCAAUUACACAUCUGAUAUUGACAUGUCUCGCUACGAGAAUUGGCCGAUGAUUUUAAGCCCAGUAAAGAGAAUUAUCUUCACUGGAUUAGUGUUCAAAAAGAUUGGAGGCGAUAUAGUCCACGGAAUUAAACAUCUUGGAAGCUCGCUGAAGCUUUUUUGGCUGAACUCGAAGAUCGGAGUGAAAAUCGCGGUAAGAAUCAUGAAGGGCGAGCAAGUCUCGGCCAUCGAAAGGAAUCGAAUGAAACGAGCUCUGGCCGACAUAUUCUUAAUGUUCCCGUUUUCGAUUUUCGUCAUUAUUCCUGGAGCCGAGCUUCUUAUUCCGGUUUAUUUGAAGAUUUUUCCUUCAGCAAUGCCGAGUUCCUUCGAAACUCUUUCUCAAAAAGAACAGCGGACGAUUAAGCAGACCCAAGCUAGACUUGACCUAGCAUCGUUCCUACACGAGACCCUUAACGAAGUUCAAAAGAAGCAAAAAGCAGCAACCAACGCGACAAUGACCGAGUUCAUGAAGUUCACCAAAGAAGUGCGAAACGGCCACAGAUGGAUUACAAAUCAAGAUAUUCGACGAUUCGCGCCCAUUUUUCAGGAGCAUUUGACGAUCGAGCAAAUGGACAGGCAAACGCUCGAUGCAUUGUGCAAAAUUUUCAAAGCUAAUCCAGUCAAACAACGCGUUUCCGGCGCCCAUGGAGAAUUCACUCAAUCAACUCAGCUGAUCCGUCUUGUUCUCCGAAAGCGUCUGCACGAGCUGAAGUACCAGGACAUCGAAUGGUUGGAAAUCAUUCAAGACAAGAAACGCGGCAUCAAAGCGAUCCCAGUCGAAGAUCUUCAGGACCUCAACAGAGAUCGCGGAAUGAGAGCGGCGGGAUUGACUCGCGAGCGUCUGGAAAGACAGUACUUGGACUGGCUUGAGUUGGCACAUGAUCCCGUUAUUUCGGACUCGUUACUGGCCUACACUAGGAUUCUUUACAUGCCCAAGACUCUGCCCAAACUCACGACAGCGAUGGAAAAGUCGAUCGACAAAAAGAAGCCGAAAAGAAAGGAAGAAAUCAAAGUCGAAGAAGAAAACGUCGAUCCAGCGCCAGAGCUCAUCGAUACCGCACCAGUGGAUGAUGAGCGCUCAAAGUUUCGCAUGAAAAUCUCCCUUGCUGAUGUUGAAGCAAUUUUGGAAUCGAUCAAAGAAACAAAGCGUCUUCUCAAACCCCUGGCUGCGACGAAAGAUGAGCUGCUCGAAGGAGUUCAAAAAAACGACAGAGAUUUGGACGACGACAGGAUAGAACUGCUCAAUCCAGCUAUUGUCAAACAAAUUGAAAAACUCAACUUCAAAGCAGAAUCGACUGCGGCGAGAAUAAGCACAGAACCAGGAGAUGUAGCUGUUGAAGCCAAAUUUUUAUCUAAAGCACUCGCUGCUAGAGGUGUAACUGAAUAUAAAAUCGGAAAGAUCAUGUCUAUUUUGAAACUAAACGCAAAGUUUAUUGAAACAAACGAUUCUAUUGAGAAACAGAUUCUGCGGUCGAUGGAUCAAGACGGCGACGGUGAAAUUUCGCUCGACGAGUUAGAAUUCUUCGUCACGCGCAUCAAAGAAGAAAUUUCCUCUGACAGUGCAGCAGAUUGUACAAAGCGGAACUUACAUACAGAUAUUGGACAGGCUGUAAGUGAACCUGUAGAAUCAGAGCAGAUGAUUCGUGCGACUCAUAUUCUGGACAUCUUAUCAAAACCCUCCCGAAAUCUCGAAGAAAGCUCGAGCAUACCAUCAUCAGACUCCACCCUGACGGACAGCACAAAUCCUCCCUCUGAAAAUUCUCAGAAGACAGACAACUCCCCAGAGAGCCGUCUCUAG